AUGAAGACCUCCACACUUGGUCUCGCGACGGUGUCGCUGCUCUCGCUUGUGUCUGCUCAACCACACCGCCGACGCCAUGUUCACGAACACCAAAACGCGAAGAAGUCUGACAAUGUUGUCGUGGUCGUUGACACUGUCUAUGCUGUAGCCCAGGCUCCCGAUGUCGUUGUCUAUGUAGACCAAGACGGCAAACCCAUUGAUACCACCACUCAGGGUACUUAUGGUGCUCCCUCCGUCUGGAGCCAUGGUCCACUGUUAACUAUCCUCCCUUCCUCUUCAUCCACUCCACCACCCGCACCAAGCUCUACCUCAACUUCUUCCUCGACCACCUCAAGUCCAGCCGUCGCUGUUCCUGUUUACACUCCCGCUCCCGUGGUUCAAGCUGUAAAAUCCGUUGCAGCCCCAGUUGCUAGCCCUGCUUCCUCUCCCUCUGAGAGCAGUGGUUAUGGUGUCUCGUACUCUGCUUACAAGGCCAACGGUGACUGCAAGAGCCAGGAUGAUGUUAACGAGGAUGUUGCAGCCUUUGGAAGCGGCUACGGAAUGAUCAGAAUCUACGGCACCUCAUGCAACCAGGUUGCGACUGUUCUCCAAGCCGCUAAGAAACACGGUAUGAAGCUCUUCGCCGGUGUUUCCGACUUGAGCACUCUCAGCUCUGAUAUCUCGACCAUCGCCGCGGCUGCUGACGGUGAUUGGAGCUGCUUUGAUACAAUCGCCAUCGGCAAUGAGCUUGUCAACUCGGGAGCUGCUUCUGCAUCAGCUGUGGUUGCCGCUCUAUCAACCGCCCGAGGACUCUUGAAGACUGCCGGGUAUACUGGAAAGAUUGUCACUGUCGACACUCUCACAGCUACACUCAGUUACCCAACCCUCGCAGAUAAUUCCGACUACGCCGCAGUCAACUGCCACCCAUUCUUUGAUCCCAACACUGCUCCAGAUGCAGCUGGAAGCUUCAUCCAGACUCAAAUGACCAAUCUCAGAGCCAAGUUAGCCGAUCCAUCGAAGGAGAUUGUCAUUACUGAAACCGGAUGGCCGCAUGGCGGAUCCCCUAAUGGCAAGGCUGUGCCAUCCCUCAGCAACCAAGCUAUUGCGAUCAGCUCCAUCAAGAGCAAGUUCUCAUCUGCUGUAAUCAUACUAUCAGCUUUCGACGACGGAUGGAAGACCGACAGCGCAGGCACCUUCGGAGCCGAGCAAUUCUGGGGAAUUGGAGGCGCCAAAGCUCCAUCCGGAUAA